UUUUUGCACUAUUUUUUACUAGUCAACAAGAGCAAAAGUUUUGGGAACGACCCAAGUCAAGAGGUCAAGACAAAACCAACUCUAUAAGAAAUUAAGAAGAGAUCCAAAACACGAAAAAACAAAGAACUGAAAACAACUUUGAAUUGUUAAAAUCCCAAACCAUGUCUUCCACAGAAGAGCACUCCAAAUUGGCCAUGGCCAAGACGGUCGUAACCACCAUAGGCUCAGUCGCCGCGGCGGCCAUGGUGGUCCGAUCCGUCACCCACGACUACCUCCCACCUGAAAUCCAAGACUUCCUCUUCUCCGGCAUCCGAACCUUCUUCAACCGCUUCUCCUCUCAGCUCACCAUGGUCAUCGACGAGUUCGACGGCCUCGUCAAUAACGAAAUCUACGACGCCGCCGAGGUCUACCUGGCCUCCAAAAUCUCCUACGACACAAACCGCCUAAAAGUCUCCAAACCCGACAAAGAAAAGAGCAUCAACAUUGCAAUGGACAGCAACGAAGAGGUGACAGAUGAGUUUGAUGGGGCUAAAUUGAAAUGGGUUUUCGUUACUACACAAGUUGAAUCCAAGAGCUUCUACAAUCCCCGCGACACGAACUCGACUCUCCGAUCAGAGCUCCGAUCAUUCCAGCUCACAUUCCACAAGAAGCACAAAGACAAAGUACUCAACUCAUACUUGCCAUUCAUAUUAAAGGAAGCCAAGUCAAUGCACCACGAGAAGAAGACUCUGAAGAUCUUCACCGUCGAUCACGAAAACAUGUACAUGGGGUUGUCCAAUGCGUGGAUUCCGGUGAACCUCGACCAUCCGGCGACCUUCGACACGCUGGCGAUGGACUCGGAGAUGAAGGAUACAUUAAUGAAGGAUCUAGAGAGGUUUGUGAGGAGGAGGGAGUACUACAGGAAGGUUGGGAAGGCUUGGAAGAGAGGGUACCUGUUGUACGGACCGCCGGGGACCGGGAAGUCGAGCUUGAUCGCCGCCAUGGCGAAUUACUUGAAUUUUGAUAUCUAUGAUUUGGAGUUGACGGAGCUCCGGUGCAACUCCGAGCUCCGGCGGCUGCUGCUGGCGACGGCGAACCAGUCUAUACUGGUGGUGGAGGACAUUGACUGCACCAUUGAGUUGCAAGAUAGGGAUGUGGCUGAAGCUUCACAGAUUCAUGCUGCACAUAAUCAGCAACAAAACAAGGUGACAUUGUCAGGUUUGCUUAAUUUUGUUGAUGGUCUCUGGUCGAGCUGUGGCGAUGAGCGGAUCAUCGUGUUCACUACGAAUCACAAAGACAAGCUCGAUCCGGCAAUGUUGCGUCCGGGACGAAUGGACGUUCACGUCCACAUGUCCUAUUGUACUCCAUGUGGAUUCAAACUUCUUGCAGCCAAUUACCUCGGCAUCAAGGACCAUGAGCUUUUCGGAGAGAUUGAGAACGCAAUUCAAUCGACGAAAGUAACUCCGGCUGAAGUGGCCGAGCAGCUCCUGAAGAGUGAUGAGCCUGAAACUACCCUCGGUGGCUUAAUUGAUUUCCUCCAUGCGAAGAAGAGGGAAAUUGAAGAGGCCGAGGCUAAGAAAGUAGAAGAAAAUUUAGUAGAAAAAGAAAGCAAGAGUGAACAACAAAAAGCGAGUAACAAAUCAGAAGAGUAGUGCUUUCCAAUAAUACAUAAUUCUAGAGAGACAAAUAUAAACUAAGAAAAGAUUGAGCAUGACUUAACUCUCAUUAAAGCAGCAUCUAUCGUUGCAUUACAUUUUUAGAGUAUUACAAAUCAGUGCAACAACAUUGGAAUUGGGUUGGGCUUAGAAUUGAGGCAUCAAUAGAUUGUUGUUGUUAUU